UGUUUUAGGAGUAAUAACAUAUAAAUAUUGCAUACUUGAGAGGGCGAUAUGAAAACUUUUCACCCCUCGAAGUAUGAAUGUAUGAAUGUAGACCACCUCGGCUAACGCCUCGGUCAAUAUUCUUCUAUCUCGAGAUAAACAUUUUUCAUAUCACCCAUUCAGGAAUGCAAUACUGAUAUAAUGGCCACCAACUUGGUGGUAUCGUUUAUGAAAGAAAAACACACCACAUAUAAUUUGUCCUUUGGAGUGUCAAAGAUAUAGUCAUUCUUAACUGCAAACAACAUUUUCGUCACGUCCACCCACUGUUAUCAGUUCAUUAUCUUGAUGCAUUAAAAGGACAGGGAGGUUGAAGUUACAUUAAAAUUCAUACAUGCUGUUACGUACUAAAAUGUAACAAUUUUGUUACGGACUGGGAGUUUGCUUCUAUGGAAGUGCCUGGAAGAAGAGGCGGAAGGGAUGAUUUCUCGUCAUCCCUUUCCCAUAGUUCUGAUGAUGCCGAUCAGCUAUACUGUCUACCGUGUAAACAUGAUGGAUCUCUGCUACCAGCAUUCGGAUACUGCAAGGACUGUGCAGAACAUCUGUGUGAGACAUGUUACAAAAGUCACAGGAAACCAGCACCAUGCAGGAACCAUAUCCUCUUAGACAAGACACAAAUGCCAAAAACCAUGAGUCCGGGUACUACUUCUCUAGACUUAACAGAAACAUGUGAUCAACACCAUCGAAAAGUAAUAGAAUAUUUUUGCAAAUAUCAUAAAUCCCUAGGCUGCAGCAUAUGUAUAAAGAUGAGCCACAGAAAUUGUAAGAUAGACUACAUUCCAGAUGUUUCCAAGAACUACACAGCCAGUUCUCAGUACAAGAGUCUUCUAAAAUUAUUGCAGACUUUACAUGAAAAUAUGAAGGCAAUCACUAAGUCUAUAAUAGAGAAGAAGAACCGCAUUCAAGAAAAUCAGGAAAGAAUUAAGGCAGACAUUCAAAAGUUUAGACAAGAAAUCAACGCUUUACUAGAUAAAUGGGAAGUUCAGCUCUACAAAGACGUUGAUAGUCUCUUUUCCAUGGAAGAUCACAAGACACAUUCCACACUAAACCAGUGCCACGAAAUGACAAGAAAGAUUGAAACACAGCAAAAGAGCUUCAGGUCGUUCGAACAAGACCAGAAAUGCAACAUGGUGUUCAUACAUGGCAAGAAAAAAGAAGAUUCAAUAAAAACGGAAACGAAAAUCGAACAAAAAUUGAAAGAAGAAGCCAAAGUUAAGAGUUACAUAUUUCAACCAAACCAGGCAAUCAAAAAUCUACUGAAGACAGAGACUACAUUAGGAACGUUAUUUAACACUGAGGAGGAGUCCAAACCUAAACAAUUACAAGUCCACGCGGAAGAAAAUAAAACAGAAUUAUUAGGAACGUUAUUUAACACUGAGGAGGAGUCCAAACCUAAACAAUUACAAGACCAGGCUGCAGAAAAUAAAACAGAAUUAUUAGGAACGUUAUUUAACACUGAGGAGGAGUCCAAACCUAAACAAUUACAAGACCAGGCUGCAGAAAAUAAAACAGAAUUAUUAGGAACGUUAUUUAACACUGAGGAGGAGUCCAAACCUAAACAAUUACAAGACCAGGCUGCAGAAAAUAAAACAGCAAUAUUCACGCACGUUCAGUUGCAACCAGGACAUCAUGCGAGUUUGUCCGCUUCUGACAUUUCUGAUGCUCUAUUAGGUCAAAUUAAUGCCAAGACUACCAGCGAUAAAUAUGAUUGCAAAAUAACAGGCCUUGCAGUAAUUGACACAUAUAGACUUUUGCUGUUGCUGACUUUAAUAACCGCACCGUAAAGAUUAUUGAUGUGAAGCAGGAGACAAUCGUUUCUGAGCUGAUUAUGACUUCAAACCCAUGGGACGUGGCAUUGAUAGGAGGCGACCAGCUUGCAGUUACAAUUCCGUUUAAAAACGUGAUACAGAUUUUGUCAUUUGCUAGCGGCUUAUCUCAAGUCAGGCAACUGACAAUUACUGAAAAAUGCUAUGGAUUAGCUUUCAUUGAAGGAAGUCUGAUAGUUGGGACGGAAUACGGAAAAGCGAAGAUAAUAAAUCUAGCAGGGAACGUUUUGAAAACCUUGGUCUGUGGGGAAGCAGAUAAUGUUGGUUAUAUAACAGUAUGUCCAAAGUUAAGAUAUGUAUAUGCUUCAUCUAGUAGCAGUGUAACUCGUUUCAAUAUGUCCGGUGAAGCUGUAGGACGGUAUACACAUGCAAGCCUGAUAACGUCACGUGGACUUGCUGUAUUGGAAGAUGGUUCUAUAUUGGUAUGUGACUGUGGUUACAAUAGCAUUCACCUGAUUUCAGAAAACAUGAAAAGCGGCAGGAUAUUACUACAGGUAACAGAUAAGCGUAUGAAACCCUACUGUAUGGCGCUCGAUAGUGAAGAGAAGAAACUGUACAUAGGUAGCAGCAUUCUAGUUAACUACAUAAAUGUGUAUAGUCUAAAAUAAGGUAGUUCUUCGUCAAUCAUAGUUAAUGUAAGUAACUACAAUAAACCGAGACUGUUCUUGUAAUAUUUUGGAGAUCUUUCUACUGAAUGUAGUUUGGACAUUGCCCACUGUUAGUGUUUUUUUUAUCGACACAAAAAAACGCUUAUCCCACAAACAUAUACCAGUAUAUUUCCAGGACCAGAGCAUUAGGUAUAUAUUCAGAAGAACAUUGUGCCAUAUAUACAUUUAAUACAUUAACCAGUAGCUACCUUACAAUGAACUUUUUUUUUUGCUACAUUGCUUUGUUCACUUAAAUGUGAGGGAAAUAACCACCGCAAAACAUUCACUGCAGUUGUGUCACUAACUUUUGGUGUCUGUCGCAUAAAGCUUUUUCUAGAAAUAACCCAUACCCCUCUUUUGAGCGAUCGCUGAAUUUAAAUACUGCCUCUAUGAUAUAAUAUUCAAUGUGCGUUCUAUACCUGUUUAUUCAAUUCUAGCCCCAUGUGGUUCUUGGACGAUCUAUGUAUGAAAAGAAUUGGAACCACUGCCUUACCCUUGCAUGAUCGUAAGAGGUGACUAAGGGUCUUAACACUUGGUUUUGCUGUAACUCUGUGAUUCCAGCAGGUAUGCAAACUUUGAUUCCAUACCUCAUGUUUUUAUUUCGUUGUAAAUGAGAUGUGAAACCAAAAUUUGUAGUCCUGCUAUGCGCCAUAUAACCUAUAAUGUGUUGGUGCGCCGUAAAACCCAAAUAAAUAAAUAAAUUAUACAAUUCUGUUUUGAUCUGCAAAUUUGUAAGAGGCUUUGCUAUUCCGAUUUACGUCUAUCUUUUUUUGUAACUAAAGAUCAUUUAGCUCGACAUACAAGAUCAAGAGGUGUUCAGAAAAAUAGAAAUAAGAAAUUCUUAGAAAAAUAUUAAACAAGAGGCUCAAGUCAUUCAAUACCGUACAGGACAUGUUUAUAUUUCCAUGCAUCUGUACUCUCACUAUUAGUCUCCCAUCCAUUUGAAAGAAAUGUAUAAUAGCACUGUUGACAAAUUCAAAUCCUACUAAGCUUUGCAUACUGCUGUAUAAAUGACGAAAAAGUGUGUGAUAUUACGUCUCAAUGGAACCAAAUUUGCUUAAUGUUUAUAUAUCCAUAGUACAUAAAUCAGCAUACAAUUAAAGUACUUUGACAGUG